CGUUCCAUCUUUAGCAAGUACAGGUACUACCUAUAUAUCAACAGAUUGUAAACGCGGUUAGGUUUCAAAAGUUAUAGUAGUUGUAGUUGUUAUGAAAAGCAACUAUGUACCUAAUAAUCAUCGCCCUGCUUGCAAGUGUAUCCGCUUUAGGCCGCCCAGACUUGGAGGACUACUGCAAUGAUUCCUAUUGCCAUUUACUUGGUCGGAGCCGGACGUUUAGCGAUAAGAAGGCUACCAAACUAACCGAGUUCCACAUGGACUCCUGCGAAAAGAAGGUACUCAAACUUAUGCCCAAUCUGCGCACCCUGGAGCUGGAGAACUGCGACAGUCCGGACUUCACCAUGAACGACCUGAAUCAACUGCCGUACCUAACAAGCCUUCAAUUGCGACGUGGAAAUCUUUUGGGGCUGCACGACGAACACUUCUCGAAGUGGCCAAACAUGAAGAUCCUUAUGCUGGGGGGGAACAACAUAACGAGACUAUCCAAUGAAUGCUUUAAAGGCCUAGCUCAGCUCUGGCUGCUGUCUCUGCCGGGGAAUGGUAUUCAAGGUUUGCCAUGGGAUGUAUUUCAAAACCUACCAGAACUUCUGCAUCUCGACCUAAGUGGCAAUAGAAUCGAAACUCUUCACGAAAACAUUUUUACAGGCGUUCCCAAGCUAGAGAUGCUGCUACUCAAUGGGAAUCCCUUGACAUGGAUAGCGCCUACGUCUCUAAAAUCUCUAAGUAACCUACGCCUUUUGGACAUGAGCAACUGUGGACCGCUGCCGGAUCUUUCAUUGCCCGGUGCACAUACCUUGAUCCUCGACAACAGCGGUGUGCAGCGCCUGGACAUUUUGGGCAGUGUCCAUAAACUCCAGGCGAGGAAAAACCAUAUAACCGAGAUUAAAUUACCCGACAAAAGCUCUGUUAUCGAACUGGAUUUGCAUAGCAAUUUACUGACCGCUACCGAUAUUCCCAAACUUCUAACGGGCAUGUGGCGACUGCAACGACUGGAUCUAUCCGAGAAUAUCAUAGGGAUAUACGCAGCCGCCGGAAGCGACAAUACGAGCGAGCUCUUCAUACUUCCCAAUCUUAUGUAUAUGAACCUAUCGGCAAAUCGCCUGACGCGUCUGCACUUCGAUUCGCCAAUUCCAUGGGAAAGGCUUACUCAUUUGGACGCUUCGUACAAUAGAAUAUAUGCUCCCGCAAAGGUUGGCAUUGACGAAGCUUUCAAUCUUCAAAGUUUGCAUUUGGAGGGAAAUUAUAUUAACAAUUUUGAACUUACACCCUGGAAACCUCAUCCAAGUCUGAAAGAGGUUGCUCUGUACGAUAAUAAAUUCCAGCCUAAGGGCUAUAAAAAUAUUACAAAGUUCUUCAAUGAAAUUGGAGUAAACGUCUUAGAGAAAACGCAAUACAGUCAAUCAAACAACACGACUCCAACUUGUAAGCCGUGCAUACCAGAUGCCAGAGAUUUUCCUACGAGUAUAAGCGCCGACACAAACCAAACCAUAGAUACCAAAGUUAAUCCUUUAAGCAACGACACUUAUCAAUGGAAUGUAUGGAACGUACUGAUGCUAGUUUCCCUGAUUGUUUCCUUGUUCGUAAACUCUUUUCUAAUCGUGAAACUCAUUCGUUUGAGAGGAAGAAACCAGUUCACGCAAUCAUCAUCGGUACCUGCCAUAAUCGAAAUGUUUUCAAACGAAUCUGAUGAUGAAAUUAUCCUGUAAUAUAAUCAUUCUACUUAACAUGUAUAUAUUUAAACUUUUCCUUAAAUAAUAAUAAAGAAUCUCUUGAGUUUU